GCAGAAAGUAGAACAACUGCAAGAUCGCAAGAGCAAGCUCUUCGGAACGCUGCCACGAGGAAUUAGAAGCGCAUUGUUGCAUUUCGAAAAGAACGGAUUUCCUACACCUAGUAGCGGUACUAGUUCAGCUUCGAAUGGUAAUGCUUCCUCAUCUUCAUCCAGGGAUCAUGAAGACACUCAAAAAGUUCGCGGCACAGUCCUGCAGAAUAUCUCAACUGACGCUGUUUACCAAGUUGCGGUGGAACUAGUCGGCGGUGGCUCGCUCUCCAAUCUACUGGUUGCCAGUGACGUGGAGGCUUCUCUGAUACUAAAAACAGUUAGGGAGCAAAAGCUUGGAUCGGUCGAAUGCGUGCCAUUGGACAAGAUUGAAAAUCUGAGUCGUACCUGGAAACCCCCAGCAACAGCAGAGCAAUUGCAGGAAUUGGCAAUAUUAUGCACCUUUUGUUGCAUCUUUCGCUUUCAUCAGUCCUUUUAAUAUCACGAACAUGAGCAUCAUUUCGUAUAAUCCGUUUCUUUGUUCUUUAGGAUUCAGAAUGGACGACACUCUUCUAACUUCAACCGUGACCUCAUCCAAGUCCUCAAGCAGAGCAGGCAGAACCUCUACAAACGACGUCGACAGUAGCAAGAAUCCAAAGAUUUUUCCUAUGGUGGACGUCGUGCGUGCUCCAGAGUGGGCUAGAGCGGCUGUGCUCCAAAUCUUCGGAUCGUGGAUGAUCUGCGAAAGUCUAGAACUAUGCGAAGCAGUGUCGAAGCGGUUUGGCGUGAACGCGAUUACUCUAGACGGUGACCGCGUCUUUGCGAGCGGUCUCUUCAGUGGGGGAUUUGUCGACCCGAACAGCUUGCAGAGGUUGCGAUUACAGGACCGGGUAAACCAGCUUUCGAAAGAACUCGACACGGACUUGCGUCCGCGCGAGAAGAAGUUGAAAGAGCAAGCCGAAAAGACGGACGCUCAGUACAAGGGAGACGUCCAGAAACGACGCACAGACAUCUACGCAAAUCGAGAGCGCGUUCGUCGCGCUUGGUGCGAUGCUGAUACUGUUAUUCGUAGAGCAAACGAGAAAAAACAGUAUCUCACCACUCAAGAGGUACGCAAAUUAGAAGCAUCCUUGAAAGCGAGUGAAACGGAAUUAGAGGAAUCGAAAAAAUUAGUGGCGAAACUAGAAUCAGAUCUUCUAGUUGGAGAACAAGACGAUGAAAACAAGAAUCUGAAGAAUGGUAACAAGAAUAUUAACUACAAGUCUGAUUCACAAGAGGAGCGUGAACAGCGAAGCAAAAAAGAGGCCCAGUCCAGGAUUGAAGUCCUGGAGAAGGAAAUCGAGGAAUUGCAGUUAGAAAUGAAGAAGUUGGAGGACAUAGGAAAUCAGCACACGUCGAAGCGGCAGACGGUCGUCUCCGGCAUCGAAGCGACACGAGAAACAGUGGCAGAGCUUCGGCGACAGGUCGAGACAGCUAAGGCGGACACUGAAGACGUGCGAAGAAGGUUCGGGAGGUUGCAGACGGAGAAGAGGGAGUUGGAGAAGAAAUUGAGUGGAGAAGGAGACGCAAAUGAUGUGCAGCCUGAUUCUACGAGCAGGACUUCUACAACUACUAGAACUUCGCUAAGUCUAAAAGAUCGAAUUGCAGACGCUGAGGUCCGUUUGGUUUCUCUGGGUGAGAAAGAGGAACAACUAGAGGCAACAGCCACUGCCCUUGGCGGUGAAGUGGAUGAGGCGAAGGGGAAGGUGGCGUUGUUGACGGAGAAAGUGAUUUCCCAGUUCAUCCGCGUGGAAGAUGCUAAACUUCGUCUUAAGCGGCACAAUGUUCUUCAGAAUCUGGAAGAGGAAGAUCAAGAUGAGGAUGUAGAUGUAGUUCUUGACAAAGAUGCAGGAGGAGGAGCGGAUGAAGCAGGAUCAGAAGCAGGUGGAGAAGCAGGAGUUGGAGGUCGUAGUAGAAGUGGAGGUCGUAGUAGAUCCGCAGGUGCUGUACCUAAGAAGAUACAAAGGCCUGGUACUAAAAAUAGAGCCAAAAACAAGGAUGCAUCUACUAGGAAAGCACAGCAAGAUGAUCCAAGCAAACUCCAGUUGCAUGAAGAAGGAGAUUUGUUUGACGACGGUGAGGUGGGACAAAGCGACGGCGAACGGAUGGAUGUCGAUGAAGAGGAGGAUUCUGGUGGACGACUACAACCAGUAGGAGUCCCUUCAAAGAAGGCAACGUCAACCCAUCUUCACAAUCAAGAUCACCUAGAGGAACAAGAAGCGGCUGCUGAGCGUAAACGGGUCAAGGGGUUGUCGCAAAGUGAGUUGUUCCUAGAACUGACUCGCGUCUCGCGAGAGUUGGACGAGACUUGGGAUGCUAGAAACCGAAGGGCUUUGGAGGACAUCUUGGAUUACCGCAGAGUUCGAGACCGCUUGCGAGGCGAACUAGAGUCCAUCACUGCUCAAGUCGCUCGUAUUCGCAGUAUGAUAAAACGGGUGGACGAGAACAAGCAUCUGAUGUUUUCGGCUUUGUUGGAGGAGUUGAAGCACGAAUUUUCGCACGUUUUCACAGAAUUAACAAGCGGGAAAGGCAGAGGACGGUUGGAACUCGUGAAUGGGGAAGGGCAGAAAGUUGUAGCAUUUGGGGAUGCGGAUGAGCUGGAAAUGAAUGCGAUACUAGAUGGAGCAGAUGAGCCUGCUACCUCUAGUAAAAAUAAGAUAUCUACUACUAGUAGAAGUAAGAACACCAAAACAAUCAACAAGAGGUCAGAGCCUGCAGGAUUGAGAUGCGAAGUAACGUUCAACUUCAAUGAGCAAGGCCAAGGAUUAGAUCAAGAUCUUCAAGCAAAAGAAUCCUCAGCACCAUGGCAAGACAUGCGUCAACUUUCAGGAGGUCAGAAAACAAUUUGUGCCCUAAGUCUCCUGCUAGCUCUUCUACGGUUGCGGCCAGCCCCCUUCUACCUCCUCGACGAGGUGGACGCAGCAUUAGAUCCUCAGUAUCGAGCUGCUGUCGCGAAGUACCUAGAUGAACAACUUUCUGCAUCAUCCUUAGGCUUAGAGCAAGAUGAACUACAGCUUCAAGAUCAUGUUGAGAACAAGUCCUCCCGUGCUCAACUUCUGAUCACGACCUUCAGACCCGAGUUGGUCGAAAACGCGGACAAAAUAUUCGUCGUGGAGAACAAGAACCGUGCAUCGUCCUUACGCGUAGGAACGAAGCAGGACGCGCUAGAUAUCAUUGCGAGAGCGCAGUGA